CCCGCUUAAUACAGCACGAAAGUCCUCUCUCUGGUCUGGCGUAUCUCCAAUUCCAAAGCAAGGGUUUAGUGAUCUUCUAAUCGUUCCUUAAUUUUGUCUGUCUUCGAUAAUUCAAGAGAGUGUAGUUGCAAUAUUAUUCGAUAAUAAUUCAAGAGAGUGCAGUUGUAUUAUAAGGCCAGACCCUCUGCAUCGCCACAAACUCAUUCACAUGGCUUUCCAAGCGAAGAAACUCAUCAAUGACCCUAAUGAUGUAGUGACCGAGUUCAUUGAGGGUCUUGUAGAAACUUAUCCUGGCUUGCAGUACUUGGAUGGUUUUCCUGAGGUUAAGGUUGUGCUACGUGCUGAUGUUUCACGUACAACAUAUGACAAAGUUGCAGUUAUAUCAGGCGGAGGUAGUGGUCACGAGCCUGCUCAUGCUGGAUUUGUGGGGGAAGGGAUGUUGACAGCAGCUAUUUGUGGAGAUGUUUUUGCCUCUCCACCUGUUGAUUCAAUUCUCGCUGGAAUAAGAGCUGUAACUGGUCUCAUGGGAUGUCUCCUCAUUGUCAAGAAUUAUACUGGUGAUCGAUUAAAUUUUGGUUUGGCUGCUGAGCAAGCAAAGUCUGAAGGUUAUAAAGUAGAGAUGGUAAUUGUUGGCGAUGAUUGUGCAUUGCCACCACCUAGAGGCAUAGCUGGACGAAGAGGUUUGGCUGGGACUAUUCUUGUUCAUAAGGUUGCCGGAGCUGCUGCUGCUGCGGGUCUUUCUCUUGCUGACGUUGUGGCAGAAGCAAAACUUGCAUCUGAAAUGGUGGGAACAAUGGGUGUUGCACUGUCUGUUUGUACACUCCCAGGUCAGGUUACAUCAGACCGUCUAGGCCCUGGAAAGAUGGAGCUUGGCCUCGGAAUUCAUGGGGAACCAGGCGCUGCUAUGGCUGACCUUCAGCCUGUGGAUAAUGUGGUUUCUCAUGUUCUUAAGCAGAUACUGUCACCAGAAACUGGCUACGUUCCGAUCACAAGGGGGUGUAGAGUGGUGCUCAUGAUUAAUGGAUUAGGUGCUACCCCUGUAAUGGAGCUGAUGAUUGCUGCUGGGAAAGCGGUUCCUAGGUUGCAGCUGGAACAUGGGCUUGCUGUUGAUAGAGUGUAUACAGGGUCAUUUAUGACUUCUCUUGAUAUGGCAGGAUUUUCCAUUUCUGUAAUGAAGGCGGAUCAAGGAGUUCUGCAACGCUUGGAUGCCGCAACCAAGGCUCCAUAUUGGCCUGUUGGUGUUGAUGGUAAUCAUCCACCAGCCAAGAUUCCUGUUCCUAUUCCACCUUCUCUUUCAACAACCAAUGAUGAGUCAUUUAGUCGACCUCAACAAUUAACUCAACAAGGCCAUACUCUUGAGGUGGCUAUUGAAGCAGCUGCCAGUGCAGUCAUUAAUCUCAUGGAUAGUUUGAAUGAAUGGGACAGCAAAGUAGGCGAUGGUGACUGUGGGUCAACCAUGUUUAGAGGUGCAACAGCUAUUCUUAAAGACAUGAAGAAGCAUUAUCCCCUAAAUGAUGCUGCAGAAACUGUGAAUGAAAUUGGAUCCUCUAUCAGAAGAGUUAUGGGAGGAACAAGUGGAAUCAUAUAUAGUAUUUUUUGUAAGGCUGCGUACGCACAGUUGAAGGCAACUAGCCAUUCAGUUAUUGCACCAGUGGAAUGGGCUGCUGCACUUGAAGCUGCCAUUGCUGCAGUUAGUAAAUAUGGAGGGGCUAGUGCAGGCUAUCGAACAUUGUUAGAUGCCCUCAUUCCUGCUUCUUCAGUUCUUAAAGAGCGUUUAAGUGUGGGAGAUGAUCCUGUCGAUGCUUUUGUUCUUUCAUCUGAAGCAGCCUUGGCUGGAGCUGAGUCCACUAAACACAUGCAGGCUCAAUUGGUGGAAGGGUAUGCAGGCUGGGCGUUCGACAUAUGUAUCUGGAGAGAUUCUUGCUUCGGUUCCAGACCCGGGUGCUAUGGCUGCAGCUUCAUGGUAUAAAGCUGCAGCCUUAGCUGUCAAGGACAAUUACAACCACCAUGCUUCAUAAUCACAUUCCAAAGCAUCGCCAGAGUUUCUCCCUUUUUGGCAGAAAAUUAUAACUACCACCAAGAAAUCUUGAUAGAUAAAAAUGCUUACCUUCCUAACCAUUGAAGAGAACUUCCUGCUUGUGCAGUCCGUGCUUAAUGCUAAGAGAGUGAGUGUCUUCCGUACAUGUUUUAGAAUUCCUGGAUAAGCGUAUUUGGGAGACUAAUUAGUAUCCCCGCAGUGUCACUUUCUUAUUAUGCACUGAUGCUGUUGUAUAUUUUCCAUAUAAAUACAUUUGAUUCACUAUGACUUCUUUAUGAACUAUGUGCAGAUAAAAUAAUUGGCUACACAAUAUAUCACAAAGGAUUCUAUAUAUAUUUUUCCUUUGUCGGUUGUUACAUGA